AUGGCUUCUGAAAAGCUCAUCCGCAUCUCCUCCUUCAUCCGCCGCAAACCCGGCGUCUCAAAAGAGGAAUUCUACCAGUACUGGACCCAAGUCCACGGCCCGCUAUGCACAGACUUCAUGAUGCGGCACGGCGUCGUUGAAUACGUUCAAGCCCACACAACCGACGAAACCAAAGCCCUCGGCGCCGCCAUGGCCAAAGCCGCCGGCCGCGACAUGCAACCCUGGGACGGCUUCACCGACGCCUACGUGCGCGAUUUCGCGACCUUCGAGGACGCGUUCAAGGAUCCGGAGUACCUGGAAAAGAUCCGUCCGGAUGAGCUGGCGUUCAUUGAUGUUGAGACGCUGCAGAUGACCAUUGGGUAUAAUUACGAGGUCAUUAAGAGCGGGGAGAAGGUGAAGGAGCACGCGAGGAGUUUUGAGAAGCCGGCGCGGGAUUUGAUGGCGGAGUCGAAGGAGAGUCAGGAGUUGUUGGAGAGUUUGAAGAAGUGA